AUUUAUCUGCCAAUUUACCUGCUGUAUGCCUUUUGGGAUCAAGGGGUUACCAGAGCCUGACCCGACUACUGUUGGGUGAAGGUGGGGUACACCCUGGAAACACACUAAACAAGUUCAUGUGACGAAGGCUUUGAAAGUCAUUUUAAUCCAUAGAUGGUUCAUGAUUACAUUUUAGGUUUUUCACUGUCACUGACACAUACAGAAACUCUAUGUAUUCUAAGAACUUUAUUUUUUGUCAUCUCUUAAUUGAUACCCUAAAGGCGGUUUCCCUUAUAACUUGCAUGUAGAUGAAAACCUGAACUAUUUAAAGUGAUUUGUUUGAUAUAUUUAAAGAAGCAAAUUGAGUAAGAGACUAAACCUGCUUUUCUUCCGGGAAGUGCAGCUUGGCUGAUACAAACUUUUCUCCACUUCACUAAUACAGAGAGAAUGAAUCACUUUCAUUUGUCUUAAAGUCUACAAGAGGGGAACAACACACUGAAGUUGUCAAAAACAAGGAAACAACUCAAAACAUAUUUAUAACCAAUAUUUGUUUUUACAUUUAAUCAAAUUAAGUAAAGACUAUUGCACUUUUUUUUCAGGAGUGUAGACCCACAGUUUGUUUCACUUCCUGUGCUUUUAUCUAGCAGCUGCGGGCUCUGUCUCUUCAUACGCUUUCGUUUGCAUCCUUCUUUCACAUGAACCUUCCUUCCUCCCUGUCCCGAUCUGUUACUAUACCAUCAUGAGCAGAUUUAUAACAUUUCUUCUUCUAAAUUGCUGGGUUUUUACAGGAAUCAUGGGAAACGACGAACCCGAACCAGUGAUGCACUACGUUCAAAAAUAUCAACAAGUCUGUCUUUAUGUGAGGGAACAACCACCGUAUACAAGUCCAAGCUGGAAUUUCAAAAAUACCGUAAUUGCAAACGAAGAAGAUACUAAUCCAGUAUACACAAAUAAAGCUAAAAUAAAUCGUGAUAACUGGAGUUUAUGCAUAAACAACAUAAGUGAGUCAGAUACCGGCCUCUAUAAAUUUACACACACUAUCAAAUUCACUAUAGUAACACACAUACACCAAGUCAUCAUGGAAGAAGAGGUUCCUAACCCUCAGGUGACGGUCAGAUCAGUCCAGCCCUCCAACCAGUCUGCACUGCCCUGCACGGUCAAUGUCACCUGCUCCAUCCACAAUCACUUGCUGGUGUCUUAUUGUGGGGAUGAAAGCUGCGAAAUAUCACAGACGUUUGGCAAUCUCAACAUUAGCAUCUAUGUGAGACACAAAACCGCCGUCUGCAGCGUCAACAACCAUGUGAGCAACAACACCUCCUCGAAAAGCCUACCAGCUGAGUGUUUUGCUGAUGAUCCUAAAAGCAAAGAAGGAGAGAAAAAGGCGAAGACUAGGAGAGUUAUGUAUUCCACGAUUGGGUUUAUAAUCGCUGCUCUUUUGUGUGCUGCCUUUAUAGUUGCAUGUGGAAUAUGGAAACUCAGGCGACUAAAGAUAACAUCUUCUACACCUUCUCAGACCAUCCAAAGUGCCCCGUUUGAGAAAGAUCAGCGACCUGAGCCCAGACUCUCUGCUUCAUCGUCUAGUGAUGCUGAACACUCCUAUGAGAAUCUGGAGGACACCCCGAUCAGAGAGAAGAGCGGUCCAGUGGAGGACCAGGAGGUAGAGAAGGUGGAUACGGUCUACAACGUCCCAGGAGCUGCCGACGAGUAUAUCAUCCCCAUCGAGCCACAGAGCACGAAAGAAACUGAUUGUUAAAAAAAGUGGAGAAAAAAGAACAAGGUAGAUGAGAACUUGUCAAAAACGGAAUAUUUUCACUGGAAAACAGAUGCUGUUCAUCAGAUUUAUCACUGUUUCAAAUAUUGUUCAUAAGGAACUCAAGUUUAUGCUCUGGAUGUGAUCAUGAUAACCAGCAACUAAAAAAAAACAAUGGACAAAAUACAAAAUAGAUAAAACUGGAUAUCUUUGAACAGAUCCCAUCAUACAUUUGGAAGCAGUUUAAGUGUGCAUACUUGUACAUUUCCUGCUCCAAUGUUUGGAAUUGUUGAUUAUUCAUCUUUUUAUUCCAAACAUGGGAAAGUGAAGCUAAGAAAAAAAAAAAA